CAACUUCUCAUGUGUUUUCCUCUUUCCUUCAAACCAAGGCACCUUAGUCACUCAUUUUUCUCUCUCUAUUCUGCUUAGUCAGAGAAAACCACUCUUUCUCUCCACUCUCCCACCUUCUCACCCUUUCCGUUGCUCAAACCGUUUCUGCUAUAUAUUUUUCUCUUUUUUUCGUAAGUUUCCGUUAUGGGUAGAAAGAAAAGAACUGAAGGAGGACCUAGUGGGGGUGAAAGCUCUGAGCCUCAACGCCCUGCUGAAAGAAGUGCACCGCCCCAACAACAGGCUGCUGGCCCUGGUGGGACUGGACCCCAAGGAGGAGGUAGAGCCUGGGGUCCCCAAGGAGGGCGAGGAGGUUAUGGUGGAGGCCGUGGUCGUGGGAUGCCUCAGCAACAAUAUGGCAUCCCCCAACAGCAAUAUGGCGCCCCAGCUGAUUAUCAAGGUAGGGGACGAGGAGGAUCUUCUCAGCAAGGAGGCCGUGGGGGAUAUGGUGGUGGCCGCAGUGGUGGUGUUGGCGGCGGUGGCCGAGGAAUAGGUCCUUCAUAUGGUGGCUCUUCUAGGCCACCAGUACCCGAGCUGCACCAAGCAACCUCAGUUCAAUCAUACCAAACUGGGGUGAGUCCUCAGCCUACAUCAUCUGAGGCGAGUUCUUCCCUGCCGCCUGAACCGGUGGAUUUGGAGCCAUCGGUGGGGCAGAUGGUGAUUGCUGAAGCUACUCCUACCCCUCCUCCUCAAAGUAAAUCAUCCAUGAGGUUUCCCCUCCGACCUGGGAAGGGUAGCUAUGGCAUAAAAUGCAUUGUUAAGGCUAAUCACUUCUUUGCGGAGUUACCUAACAAAGAUCUUCAUCAAUAUGACGUAACCAUUACUCCAGAAGUGACGUCUAGAGGCGUGAACCGUGCUGUUAUGGAGCAAUUGGUCAGGCUUUAUCGGGAAUCUCACUUGGGCAAGAGGCUUCCUGCCUAUGAUGGACGCAAAAGCCUCUAUACUGCUGGGCCCUUGCCAUUUAUAUCAAAGGAGUUUAGAAUUACUCUUAUUGAUGAUGAUGAAGGAGCAGCAGGAGGACAGAGGAGGGACCGAGAGUUCAAGGUGGUGAUUAAGUUGGCUGCACGGGCAGACCUUCACCAUUUAGGGCUGUUUUUACAAGGAAGGCAGACUGAUGCGCCACAAGAGGCUUUGCAGGUCCUUGACAUUGUACUGCGUGAACUCCCUACUACAAGGUAUUGUCCUGUAGGAAGAUCAUUUUAUUCACCCGAUCUUGGAAGAAGACAGCCUUUAGGUGAGGGAUUGGAGAGCUGGCGUGGUUUCUACCAAAGUAUUCGUCCAACUCAGAUGGGGUUGUCACUGAAUAUUGAUAUGUCCUCCACUGCUUUUAUUGAGCCACUGCCAGUUAUAGAUUUUGUCACCCAAUUGCUGAAUAGAGAUGUUUCUGCUCGACCUCUGUCUGAUGCUGAUCGAGUGAAGAUCAAGAAAGCUCUCCGAGGGAUCAAAGUUGAAGUAACACACAGAGGAAAUAUGAGAAGAAAAUACCGAAUUUCUGGCCUGACUUCUCAGGCAACAAGAGAGUUGACGUUCCCUGUAGAUGAAAGAGGAACUAUGAAAUCUGUUGUGGAGUACUUCUAUGAGACAUAUGGGUUUGUCAUUCAGCAUACUCAGUGGCCUUGUCUGCAAGUUGGGAAUACACAAAGGCCAAACUAUUUGCCAAUGGAGGUAUGCAAGAUUGUGGAAGGGCAGAGAUAUUCUAAGAGGUUGAAUGAGAGACAGAUCACUGCUCUUCUGAAAGUUACAUGCCAGCGUCCCGUUGAGAGGGAGCGUGAUAUCAUGCAGACUGUAUAUCACAAUGCAUACCAUGAAGAUCCUUAUGCCCAAGAGUUUGGAAUCAAAAUUAGCGAGAAGCUUGCUCAAGUUGAAGCACGCAUCCUACCUGCACCCUGGCUCAAAUAUCAUGAUACAGGUAGAGAGAAGGAUUGUCUUCCUCAAGUUGGGCAGUGGAAUAUGAUGAACAAGAAAAUGGUUAAUGGGGGUACUGUUAACCAUUGGUUCUGCAUCAAUUUUUCAAGGAGUGUUCAGGAUAGUGUUGCCCGUGGCUUUUGCUAUGAACUUGCUCAGAUGUGCUAUAUAUCUGGCAUGGCAUUUAAUCCGGAGCCAGUUGUCCCACCAGUCAGUGCUCGCCCUGAUCAGGUGGAGAAAGUUCUAAAAACCCGUUAUCAUGAUGCAAAGAAUAAGCUUCAGGGAAGGGAGCUUGAUUUGCUCAUUGUUAUUUUACCUGACAAUAAUGGAUCUCUUUAUGGUGAUCUCAAACGUAUAUGUGAGACAGAUCUUGGACUAGUUUCACAAUGUUGUUUGACUAAGCACGUCUUUAAAAUGAGCAAGCAGUAUCUCGCAAAUGUGGCAUUGAAAAUUAAUGUUAAAGUGGGAGGGAGAAACACUGUACUUGUUGAUGCACUUUCACGGCGCAUCCCCUUGGUUGGAGACAGACCCACUAUUAUUUUUGGAGCUGAUGUGACUCAUCCACAUCCUGGAGAGGAUUCAAGUCCAUCAAUUGCAGCUGUUGUGGCUUCCCAAGAUUAUCCGGAAAUUACAAAGUAUGCUGGUUUAGUCUGCGCCCAAGCUCAUAGACAGGAACUCAUUCAGGACCUUUUCAAACAAUGGCAAGAUCCAGUCAGAGGAACAGUGACUGGUGGAAUGAUCAAAGAACUUCUUAUAUCUUUUAGGAGGGCUACGGGACAGAAGCCACAACGCAUUAUAUUUUACAGGGAUGGUGUCAGUGAAGGUCAAUUUUACCAAGUUCUACUGUUUGAACUUGAUGCUAUUCGAAAGGCAUGUGCAUCCCUUGAACCCAACUAUCAACCUCCUGUUACAUUUGUUGUGGUUCAAAAGCGUCAUCACACGAGGCUCUUUGCUAGCAACCAUCAUGACAAGAGUUCUGUUGACAGGAGUGGCAACAUAUUGCCUGGCACAGUUGUCGAUUCCAAAAUCUGUCAUCCAACAGAAUUUGACUUUUAUCUUUGUAGCCAUGCUGGAAUACAGGGUACCAGCCGUCCUGCUCACUAUCACGUGUUGUGGGAUGAAAACAAUUUUACUGCAGAUGCUUUGCAAACUCUUACUAACAACCUUUGCUACACAUAUGCUAGAUGCACACGAUCUGUUUCAAUUGUGCCUCCUGCAUAUUAUGCCCACUUGGCUGCUUUCCGUGCAAGAUUUUACAUGGAACCAGAGACGUCCGAUAGUGGGUCCAUGACGAGUGGUGCAGUUGCUGGCCGUGGAAUGGGUGGCGGUAUUGGUCGAAGCACCCGAGCACCUGGAGCUAAUGCUGCUGUGAGACCACUACCUGCUCUGAAGGAGAAUGUGAAGAGGGUUAUGUUUUAUUGUUAAGAUAUUUUGUUGACAAAAACCUUGCUUUGUCGAGUGGUUAUUCGUAAGUGUGUGCUGUCAUUUGGUAGGGACCAAGUUAAUGUGGUGUUGUGAAUAAAUUGUUUUUAGAUUGUAUGAUUUUGGCAAAUCCUCGGAACUCCUUUGUAGAGUGAUCAGGAUCCUAAUUUGAUGCAGACUAUGUUGUGGUCAGUUUUUGUUA